GGAGCUUAGGAGAAGCGCAUGAGUGAAACAGGUUUGUCUUGAGCUGAAAGUCCCCUCACACACAUUCAAACACACACACUCCUACGCCAGGCAGCACAGUGUGUUCUACAACAAGAAGGAUCCACGGGGACUGGAAAAGGAACUUCAAAGCCAGGAACUAGAUCUCCUCUGAGAUGCAGGGAUUAUAGAUCUUCAGAGAUGGAGCGCAGCUGAUCUGCCGCACACAUUCAGCUUCAGCAGAACCAGGAUUUAUUUCAAGGAUAGAACUUUUAAACAAGAUGCCUCUGGAGAUGCUCCAACAGCAGCCGAGGAGGACGGCUCUAGCAGGGACCCCCCCCCGCCUGAGGCCGAAAGGGCCGGUGGGGCCCGACUUCUACCGGCAGCUGAGGGCCGUGGCAGCUGAGGGGGGUCCGAGGCAGAGCGCCGUGGAGAGGCUGGAGGCCGACAAGGCCAAGUACGUGAAGAGUCAGGGGGCUCUGAGUAAACAGCAGCCUCUGGAGGAGAGGAAGGGGCCUCUGGAGGUCCUGGAGAUGAAGAAGGGGCCCCUGGAGGUGAGGAGGGGGCCUAUGGAGGUGAGGAAAGGGCCUCUUGAAAUAAAGAACGGGCCUCUUGGGCUGAGGAAGGGGCCCCUGGAGCUGAGGAAAGUGCCUCUUGAGAUGAAGAACGGGCCCCUGGAGGUGAGGAAGGGGCCUCUGGAGCUGAAGAAAGUGCCUCUGGAGGUCCUGGAGGUGAGGAAGGGGCCUCUGGAGGUGAGGAAGGGGCCCCUGAUGAGCUCUGCGGCGAUGAGGCCCACCAGGAAGACGAACACUAAGCCGGGGGGGGCGCAGCUGGACCUGCAGCACCUCAGCAACCUGAUCAGUGUCGGUGAGGGGGGGGCGCACUCUGAGGAGAGGGAGCCCGCUGAAACCGCUGACUCGACACAACAAGGUGAGUCUUUCUAUUUUAAACUUCAUCACCCUCCCUAACCCCUCUUCUCGCCCCCUCCUGCAGGCCCGCAGCAGCAGAAGGAGCGUCCGAUCCCCCCCCCUCGCCCCGACUGGUCCAGUCCGGCUAAAAUCAGAUUAAAAACAUCGGUAUCGACCCUGAUGGAGUAUCCUGGUUCUCCAAAUACUCCUGGUGCUCCUGGUGCUCCUGCAGGGACGGUGCGCAGGGUGGACGUCCUGCCUCCUGCCUGCAGACCCCCCCACUACAUGCUCCAGCCCCUGCAGCCCCUCCCUCUUCACCCCCAGUCUCCCCUCCACCCAGGCCCCUCCCACCUGCGUCUCUUCCACACCAGAACCACUCCCCGGGCCUCGCCUCUGAAACCCGUCGUGGCUGCAUAUAAACCUGUAUGUCCUGCUGGUAAAACCCCCUCCUCCUCCUCCCCCUUCCCCACCUCCCUCCCUGCCUUCCCCCCCCCCUCCCCCGCCAUCACCCUCCUCUCCUCCUCCAGCUCCAGGAAGCGCCGCUCCCUCGCCCGCUCCAAAUCGGACCUGAGUGACCGCUGCUCCAUGGAACGUUUCUUCAACCUGUGCGGCGUCGACCCGUCCGACCUGCAGCUCGCCGGCUCCUGCUCCGACAUCGUGUCCCUGGCUCGGUUCCGCAGCGUCAGCGCUCCGGGGUCCGAGUGUGCCGGUGAGGAAGAGGAGGAGGAGGAAGAGGAGGAGGCUGGGAACGCCGCAGCAAGAGUUCCUUAUGGAGUUUCUGUCAUCGAGAAGAACGCCAGAGUCAUCAAGUGGCUGUACGGACUCCGACAGGCCAAAGACACCAAGAGCACCAACCUAUAGCAUCUCAAGACUGCUUCAGUACGGAUCCAUCCAAAGGUUAUUUGUUCUUUAGUAUAUAUGUCAACAAAUUGUGCCAAAUGUGCAUUACCAGUUUCUCCAAGACUUGAAUUGAGCAAAUGGACCAAUUUGUUGCACGGGCUGCAACUCAGGAUCAUUUUCACCAUCAGUUAAUCUGUAGGUUAUUCACUAGAUUCAUAUAAUGUCCGAAAAUACAGGGGAAAUGUCCUGGGUCGUUCCUCCAAGGCUUUGACUGUGCAAAAAAGAAACGGUUAACUAAUGGUCUUUAACUGGGCUGCAACUACUUCCUUAUGAAAUAAUCUGCAGGUUAUUUUCUUCAUUAAUAUGAACGUCAGGGAAUAGUAAAAAAAAAAGUACCAGUUUGAUGCAUUCUGUGAAAUUGACUGUAAAAGGGCUGCAACCAAGGAUUCUUAUCGACCACUUAAGAAGUUGAUUAUUUCUCGAUUUAUUGUUUGAUAUGUCACAAUUUCUUCAAGCCUUUACAUGUGCCAAAUGAACAAUGUACAGCACAGUGGCAAAUGGUCUUAAAAAUAGGCCGAUAAUUAGGAAUUAUUUUCCAGUUUAAAUGAUUAAUCAAUUGGAUUAUAAAAUGUCAAAAACAUCCUAGUUUUCCAAAGUCGUGAAAUGUCUUGAUUUGUUCGUUCAAAACCCAACGAGAAAAGCAGAUCAUCUCCAUAUGUGAAAACGGCAUGUUCAGUAAUCAGUUUGACUUGUUGACUAAUUGUUGCAGCCAGUGAGAUUUAAAACCAAAGUAUAAAUGUCAUAAUGAAACUGAUAGUAAUUCAUUUCCAUUUGUUUUUUUAUUUUACAAAAAGAUGUUAUCUUUAUUUUGGAAAUGUAAGUUUGAUAGACGGCGAAAGUCUUCAAUAUUCCUUUGUUAAUUUGUCUUUUUUAAAUGCUUUUUCUUUGUGGAAGUCCCUCUGUGGUCCCGUAAAUGAACGGCAUUAAAGAUUGUACAGUGAACGCA